AUGGUGAAAGUGGCAACGUAUUUUGCAAUGUCAUUUGGGGCCUUUUUAUUUUGGCAAUCAAUGGAUAGAGUCCAUGUCUGGAUUGCUCUUCACCAGGAUGAGAAGAAAGAAAGACUUGAAAAGGAGAUGGAGAUAAGGAGGGUCAGAGAAGAGCUAUUGCAGCAGGCUAAACAGAAGGAUAGUCUAGCAUGAGCCAAAGCUGCUCAUGUGGUCAAAUUUCUAUUUCCUUUAUUUCCCUCAAGUGCUGCUAGCUCUUGAGCUUCCUUUUUCUAAAACAUUGUAAGGAAAUAAUUGAUUUGGCAGUUUUGCUUAUAUGUUUUGAGAACAGUUUCCUUCCUUCUUGUUGCUGAUUUAUGAAAAAUAAUUGAUAAUUGUUCUAACAAGUUUGUUUCAACUUUUA